UUUGAUGGCGGGGGCCAACAUCCCCCAACAGCGGCGAACACAGAGAUUCGAAUUCUACGAUUCCACGAUUCGCCGCCUUCUCUCACUGUCAAUUAGCUUGCCCCUUGUGUCUGCUCAACUCCACCAAACCCCACCAGGAACUCUCGAUAUCUUGCAGACUCUUCUAAUAAAUUGGCCUCAUCUUCCAAUCUCUGAACUACUACCGUUCGUCUUGCCUCCUCUGUAGCUCAGCAUCUGAAGGCCAGGUCUUUAACAUCUCGGAGGACAACUGCUUUGCGAACCUCACAAUGGAUUUUUCCCGCAAACUUUCUGUGGCCCUCUUGAUCGCUGCAGCGAUCUUGGGACUAGCAAGCCAUGCGGAAGGACAGGUCUUGUUCAGUAAAUUACCGAAGUCGUUGGUAGUAACAGCUACUCUGCCUGAUGGCAAACCAAUUGGAGUGGUGAAGACCGGAGAGGACUCAAUUCUAGUGAAAUGGGCAGUCAACACCAGUGCACAAAUCCCUGCCAGCAAGGUCAAGACCAAACUGUGCUUUGCAGUGGAAAGCCAGCUUCUGCGAGGAUGGCGCGCGACCAAGGACGACUUGAAGAAGGACAAGACCUGCUUGUAUAACAUCGCCACACAGGAUUACACAACAGCUGGAGGUGAAGUCACCUACAUGCUAGCGAAGUCCAUUCCUGGUGCCAAAUACUUCGUUCGCGCGUACGCCGUGAAUGCCGACGGGGUCCAGGUUGCCACGGGCCAGUCCAGCCCUAACAAAGUCGCCAACACCUUCACCGUCAUCCCCAUCAGUGGUCGCCAUGCUAGUAUCGAUAUCGCCGUGGGUGUGCUUUCGGUGUUUUCAGUGGGAUCUCUCUUCGGAUUCUUCAUCCUGGAACGCAUCUACUUGAAGAGGAAGAAAGGAGUAUAGCUUUUUUCGCACAUGAUUUUAUCACUAAUUGAGGCUGAUCAGAAACAUUGGUAUCGACAACCCCAGAGAGUGAUCAACACCAUUUCUCGCACUUUGCCACUCAAAUCAUUCUUCAGGUUUUGCUAGUGGGCUGUUCUGUGGGCCAUCUCACUGUUCCACACAGCCAAAGGAUUUAGUACUCCAGAGAGUUGAGAGGGCGAAGCUCUUCUCCUUGAGGAAAAGCACAAUUUUUUUUCAAGGUUACUGUACAGAAGAAACUAGGAAUGGGUGGGGGUUUAGGAUGAGAUUAGUGGGUUAAUUCGCGCUAAUCUGAUUAGUCUUAAAUUAAUGUGGUCGUGUAUGGACACGGAAACUCCUGCUGUCCUCAUGUGACUUUGUGAUAUAUUGAUGGUCUGUGGGUAAAUUUAUGAGUCUUCUUUUCCAUCA